AUGGCACCCCAUUCGAACGAGAGCAAGCCCAUGUACCAGAAGGACGAGAAAGCCCUGUGUUUUCACGGUGAGCUGCUCUAUGAAGCCAAAGUGCUUGAAGUGCGACGACAAGAUGCGAAGGACAAGACCAGUCCCCACGAAUAUCGGGUCCAUUACAAAGGAUGGAAGAAUACUUGGGACGACUGGGUGCCUCAGGAUCGCUUGCGCAAGCUUACCGACGACAAUCGGGAGUUGGCUGCGAAUCUGAAGCGAGAGCUCACUGCCUCAGCACCUAAAGUCGCUCCCAAGUCCACUGGCAAAACCCGCCGUGGACACGGAUCAGAGAUCGGUUCGGGACGAGGAAGUGAAGAGCGUACGUCUUCUGUUCCUGCUGCUGGAGGCAGAGGAUCAAAGCGUGCUCGGGACAACGAGGUUGAAAAGCCCCUUCAAGCCUUUUGUUUUGUGCAAUCAUCCGGCAAGCAACGUGUUCGCCUGUACGAUCUGAAACCUCUUGGACUCUGUGUUGCCGCGUUCGAUACGCCCAGUAUCCAGAAUUCCACCGCACCCUCGAUCUGCUUAGACCUCGCCAUAAUGCCACCUAAGAAGCAGACUGCGCGCGUCAGUGACGGCAUAGACAACCAAGGCAGCGCCAGUGGCCCUGGCCAGAAGAGUGGGAAUAUCGCGAAAGAAGACGGAAACACCAACAAUGGAGCUGGCGCGGACAUCGAUCUCCAGCAGUUCCUGCAUCAACCCAGAAGAGCCGCGCUUAAAGCAGCCCAAGCAAUCACUGAUUCCGCAACCAAGAAGCCUCAAACAUCAACUGUUGCGACCAAACCAACCCCGAAAAAGCCAAAGACUGCUGUGCAGAAGAAGUCAGACGUCUCCGGCACUGGCCUUGGUGGACAAUCGUCCAAGCAGAGAAAGACAAGCACUGGGAACAAGGGGAAGAAUGCUGCAAACACAUCUGCCAGUCCUGCAACGGGAAGAGCUCCAUCCAUUCGCCAACAGAUCAUUAAUAAGAAGAAGAGUGCAUCUGAGUUGAAACCAAAGAUGUCGGAUGACGAGGAGGAAGUGGCAGAUAGUGAAGAAGAUACUAUCUCAGUGGUAGGGGGAAGCGCAAAAGGCCACACUGCCGAUGAUGAUGCCGCCGCCGAUGCAAAGGCCACUCGGUAUGCCACACGUUCGACAGUCGCAAAAGAAUCACCAGUCGCAGAACAACCAACCUCAAAUUCGAACGUCCCCGUCAAAAUCAAAUUCAACCUCAGAUCCGCCACUCACAACGCUACCACAUCUUCCACCGAACAACUCAAGAAUGAGACAUCCCGUGAUUCUUCUUCAACAAUGCAUUCCAAUCCCAGUGUUUUAGGCACUUCUGGUGCUCCUUCGGCUCGUACUCCAGGUCCUGCGCCAUCAACCGAGACUGAGGUUCCAGCUCUUACUUGGAACAAAUACCGUCAAGCUUUGCCCGAUCCACGCAACGAAUUGGCACCGUUGACGAUCGACGAGGUUCUUGCGAGGCCCGCUCCAGCCGACGAGCCGGAGUACCUGAGCCGCUCUACGGCAACAGGCCCGGUCAAUUGGCACUUUCCUCUCAUUGGCGGAACCACUUAUCACGAGGCGGCUUCAAUCCUAAUUGAGCUGUCCCAAGCCAGAGAAGGAGACAGAGAAUACCGCCCCGCCGUCGUGCCUCCGCAUGGCAUCGCCUUUGAGCCCCUUGAUCCACCAGGCUCCGGCACUCCUUUCGACGCGCUCAAACAUGAAGCUCGCCUGGUCAAGGCACUUCAGCGGAACACCGAGGACACUCUGAGCGGCUGGAAUCAAGAACAUCUGAUGCUUCUUCCCCCACACGUCGUCGAUCAACUGGACGUGAGUGUCCUCGAGCAGCUUCCUUUUGCGGUCCUGAAGAGCCAACCAGCCAACAUUCUCCAGAAAUUGCCCAAGAACAGCUGGUUCUUGGAGAGAUUGCGCAAAGAGUGGCUGAAAGAGCAAGUCGCCGCCCAGUUCGCGGCCCUGGGCGGCAGCGAUGCGGAGGACGACGAUGAUGAAGGUGCUGACGCCGGCGAUGACUCUGACGCGAACGCUAGCGACGACGAUGGCGACACGGACAUGGAACCGGAGGUCUACAAAGAUGAAGAUGCUGACGCUGACGCUGGCGAUGACGUUGACACUGGCAACACGUACAUGGACCUAUCUAUGAAAACGGAGUCCGACAGCGAGAUGAUCGAUUCAGUCGUCCCGAAGGAGAACAUCCAAUUGCAGAAACCCGUGCGCCUGGACUUCACCAAAUUGUUUGACCGUCAAGGAGACAUUUCCUUGAAUCAGACUGAUGUGACAAAUACUUACUUUCGUUCAUUUGGACAGGAGGAGAACUUUCUCACCCGCCCGUCGAUCCACAUCUCGGUCCCCGAUCACCUCAAGAACCUCCUCGUCGACGACUGGGAGAAUGUCACCAAGUCUCUCCUUCUAGUCCCAUUGCCCAGUCAAGCCCCUGCCAACUACAUACUGGACGAUUACUACAAUGAGGAGAGAAACAAUCGACUUGUAGGUUCCGCCGAUCUCGAGAUCCUCGAGGAAUUCGUCACCGGUUUGAAGACCUACUUUGACAAGGCCCUGGGCAAAAUCCUUCUGUACCGAUUCGAACGAAAUCAGUUGCAAGAGGUUCGUAAGCUGUGGGAAUCCGGCAAAUACAAGGACUGGGAGGGCAAGGGUCCAGGAGAUUGCUAUGGUGCUGAGCAUCUCACUCGCAUGAUCGUCAAUCUUCCAGAGAUCGUUGCUCAGACCAACAUGGACGCCGAAUCAGUUACUAGAUUGAAGCUCGAGCUGAGCAAGUUCACCACUUGGUUGUCCCGCAAUAGCUCCCGCUUCUUCUGCGCCAAGUACGAGAAACCCUCGGCCGAGUACAUCGAGAGCGCUCGCUAA